CUGGCUCGUUGGUUAUUAUUUUCCUAUCCAUCAAUACACAGUCGAUUUGGUUCAAAGACUUCGUGUUACCGUUUCUCCGGUUCCACUGUCUCUGUGAAGUUUUCUGGAAAAGGCUUCGUGACGUGGAGGCGAUUGCUUUCAGUACAAGAAAAUUCCCCUGGUCAGCAGGCAGGACUGGAACCAUUUUUUGAUUUCAUCAUUGGUGUAGGAAACCAGCGAUUGGAUAAAGACAACGACGUUCUCAAGGAAAUUCUGAAGCAGUACGUAGAACGUCCGCUUGAUGUAGUCGUUUACAACAGCAAGACUCAAACCGUACGUCAUACAGAAAUCACUCCGUCGCAGAAAUGGGGCGGACAGGGUUUGCUGGGUGUGUCAAUUCGAUUCUGCUCGUUCGAUGGCGCCAAUCAAAAUGUUUGGCAUAUCUUGAACGUGCAACCGAAUUCGCCUGCGUUCAUAUCAGGACUCCAGCCAGAAAUAGACUACAUUCUGGGCGCGGAAUCCGUUUUAAAUGAAGUUGACGAUCUGUUUUCACUGAUUCAAGCUAACGAGGGAAAGUCUAUCAAACUGUAUGUUUACAACAUCAAUAGCGAUACGGUCAGGGAAGUGACGCUAACUCCAGUAAGAGGAUGGGGAGGCGAAGGAAGUCUCGGUUGUGAUAUCGGAUACGGUUAUUUGCAUCGCAUACCAGCAUAUCGCGAACCGGCGAAUACGGUAGUCAUCAAACCGCUGACUAUCAAUUCGUGCACACUUACAGCUGCAACAGCUCAGCCUCCUUCAAAAUGGGAGACAGUCCGACCACCUGGUACGGCUUCGUUCAACGGGACCAUGGUACCACCGCCGCCAUCGUUAUUCAGGCCACCUUAUAUGCCGCCUCCACCACCUCCAAUGUUCAAUCCUUACCAGCCUGAGGCGCAGCGCUCUGAUCAGAUGAAUGUCCAAAUGACAAUGAAUUACGGAAACGUCCAUUAUCCGCCGUCUUCUCAAGGUAUUCGCUCUUUAGCUAUCCGCGUGGACUGUUUUAUUUUAUUAUUGUUGGUUAAACUAUAA